AGGUAAGGUGUCGGAGGGCAGGUUGUCGUCGUUUCUUCACUUUUAAGAAAACUCGUUAUACCGCCCUGUCAAAAAUACAACGGUUUUUUGUUUAGAUUCGUGUGAAAUGUCGUGUUAUUGAACGGGCUUCCGUUAAGUUUUUUAAGGAAUACACCAUGGCUAUGCAACGAGAGGUCGGUGUCGGCGAUUUUGUCCUUUUGGACAAAAUCGACCUGGACAGCUUCAUGAAGAAUCUGCAAUUGAGGUUUAAAAAUGGCAAAAUCUACACAUACAUCGGGGAGGUGUGCGUUUCCGUCAACCCGUACAAAACGAUGAAUAUCUACGGCCAAGAUUAUGUUGAACAAUACAAAGGCAGAGAGCUGUUCGAAAACCCGCCGCACAUCUUCGCGAUAGCGGACUCUUCGCACAAGGUGAUGAAACAGCAAGGCAGAGACACCUGCAUAGUGAUCAGCGGCGAGUCCGGCUCUGGCAAAACGGAGGCAUCCAAAAUUAUCAUGAAAUACAUCGCGGCCGUGACGAAUCAAGAUAGUUUUCGAAACCCCAGUGGCCAGAAAGAAAUAGAAAGGGUCAAGAACGUACUUAUCCAAUCGAAUUCCAUCCUAGAAGCAUUCGGUAAUGCGAAAACGAACAGAAACGACAAUUCGUCCAGAUUUGGGAAAUAUAUGGACAUCCAUUUCGACUUUAAAGGCGAUCCUAUUGGCGGCCAUAUCAACAAGUAUCUUCUGGAAAAAUCUAGGGUUAUUCACCAACAGCCUGGAGAGAGAAACUUCCACUGCUUCUAUCAGAUUUUUUGUGGAGCAAGUGAUGAUUUACUAAGGAAAUUGAAAUUGACCCGUAAUCCUGAUAACUUCUUUUACGUGAAACAAGGCAACGCAGCAAAGGUGGACACCAUAAAUGAUCGAAAUGAUUACCGAGAAGUAACCAAUUCACUGAAUACGUUACAGUUUUCUAAGGACGACCAGGACACACUGUGGCGAGUAGUGGCAGCAAUUCUGCAUUUGGGAAACGUUGAGUUCGACGUAGAUGAAGAUAAACUUAUAUUGAAGAAAGGUCAGAGCGUUAACAAUGUGGCGGAAUUACUUAAAGUGGAAAAAAGCGACUUGGAAAAGGCGUUAUGCGAAAGAGUGAUUGCUGCCAGAGGAGAUAUUAUGAGAAAAGAACACACAGAAACGGAGGCAUCUUUUGGAAGAGACGCCUUUGCGAAGGCUGUGUACGACCGAUUAUUCGCUUGGAUUGUGGGAAAAAUCAACGAUGCCAUAGCCGUAGAUAAAAACAAUUAUUCGGCGCAAUACAAAAGUUCAUUGAUCGGCGUUUUGGAUAUCUACGGGUUCGAGAUUUUCGACAAUAACAGUUUCGAGCAGUUUUGUAUAAACUACUGCAAUGAGAAACUACAACAGCUUUUUAUCGAACUGGUUUUGAAACAGGAGCAAGAAGAAUACAAUCGCGAAGGAAUCGCCUGGACGAACAUAGAAUACUUCAAUAACCAAAUCAUCUGCGAUUUGGUGGAAGCGCCUCAUAAGGGUAUCAUCUCCAUAAUGGAUGAUGCUUGUAAAAUGACAGCUGAAAAAGUCACCGAUGAACUGCUACUGGAAGCUAUGGACAAAUACCUUAAAGGCCACAAGCAUUACAUGUCACGGCAGACGAAACCUCCCGAGAAAACGCUGCGGCAUAAAAUUGACUUCCGAGUUACCCACUACGCAGGCGAUGUGACGUACUGCAUCAUCGGAUUUUUGGACAAAAAUAAGGAUACCCUCUUCCAGGAUUUCAAAAGACUGCUUUACAAUUCGAAGGAUCCUAACAUAAAAGAAAUGUGGCCGGAAGGAGCGCAACAUAUAUCAGAGAUAACGAAGCGACCUCCGACCGCAGGAACGCUAUUCAAAAACUCGAUGCAGGCAUUGGUACAAAACUUGCAAAACAAAGAGCCGCACUACGUCCGUUGCAUAAAACCAAACGAAAUAAAAUCGGCGACGGCAUUCGAUGAGGAAAGGGUACGGCACCAAGUUAGCUACCUAGGUUUGGUGGAGAACGUAAGAGUAAGGCGAGCUGGUUUCGCUUACAGACAGAGAUACGACAGGUUCUUGAAAAGGUACAAAAUGAUUUCGCAGUUCACAUGGCCAAACUUCAGAUCCGGAUCAGAUAAAGAUGCUGUUAAGGUGAUAAUGGACGAGAAGAGGUUCGCGGACGAUGUCAAGUAUGGAAGAACGAAAAUAUUUAUACGAUCACCGAAAACUCUUUUUGAAUUGGAAAAUGCUAGGAACGAUCUCAUCCCUGGAAUUGUAACGUUGAUACAGAAAACGUGGAGAGGGUUUGUAGCAAGGCAACAGUACAAGAAGAUGAAGGCGCUAUUGACGAUGGUCAAGUGCUACAGACAGAAGAAAUUGCGCGAGUACAUAAGCUCGUUAGAAAACAAAUUCCGUAGGGUAAAAACCAUGAAAGAUUAUGGCAAAAGCAUUGUUUGGCCAGCACCCCCGAGGUCGCUUUUAAACAGCGCUAAGAUGUUGCGGUCGAUAUACAACAGGUGGCGCGCGUUCAUGAUUCUGAACAGGAUACCAAGAGCGAGUGGCCUCAAAUGAAGUUGAAGAUCAGCGCCGCCAGUGCCUUGAUCAAUAAGAGAGUAGAGUACGGACUCAGUAGAAAAUGGGAAGGGAAUUACCUGUCUACCCACAUGGAAAAUCCCAGCUACACCGUAUUCAACGAGGCUGUGAACAAUCUACGGAACACGAAGCAUUUUACGCAAGUUCUGUUUUCUUCGUACGUCACGAAGUUUAACAAGUUCAAUAAGGUCGCGGAGCGAGUGAUGCUCGUCACCGACCAACACAUUUACAAGUUGGACUGUGAAAAAUUCAGGAACAUGAAGGAAGGUGUAGCUAUAGGUGAAUUAACGGGUCUGAGUGUUUCACCCGGGAAAGAUCAACUUAUUAUCCUUCACUGUCCAGGAGGAAACGAUUUAGUUGUUUCUCUACAUUCUCCUAAACAAGAAGAUAGAGUUGGAGAAUGCGUUGGAGUGCUGUGCAACAGACAUUACCAAUUGAAAAGCUUCGACUUGCCAGUACGAGUAUCGAAAACAAUAGCCUGCUCGUUGGGCGGUAAGCAACGGAUGAUAAACAUCAAAGUGUCAGCGGCCGAAUCGCAGCCGACGUUCAGGAAAGAGGGCAACAGUAUCGCGUACCUCCUACCCUCCACCCUCAACAUCAUGGAGAACGGAAAUAAUCACAACGACCAUUUGAAGAUGUAGAUGUGUACGUUCGUCUGUUCGCUUUAUUAGAUAGUGCUAAGGAAGUCAUUAGUACAAAAACCUAACAGGCGAAUUUCUAAAGACGAAGGCCGAUUAUUCAACUGUACGGAACCAAAAAGGUAGUCGCACUGUCAGCAAGGCCAACCUGACCACAUUUAGGUUUGUAGACGUUUGAAAAGAAACUUUCUUAUAUCUUAAUGUUACCUACUCUUGGCUUAUUUUAUAAAAUGUAAUUUUGCCCACGCUUAAGAAAAUAUAAUUAUGCUAAGGAACGAUAAUAAAAUUGGUGAUGACGAUGAUCACUUAACAAUCAAGAUACAUCCGUGUGAACCACUUGAUUGCAAUGCCGCUUCUUUACUUAUGCGCUGAAAUAUCACUGGGUUUGUAAUUGGUGGUAGUGGAAAUUUUGAACAAAAUAUUUGACCCAAGCCUUCGAGAAUCUUGUGAUUCAAACGCCGCUUUGAGCUGAUUUAAAAAUUACCUCAAUUCCAUAAAAUAUAUUUAUAUUAUGUAUCGUGGAAGUGCCUGUAUAAUGUUUCUAAAGCAAAUAAAUUUGUUAUAUUCUUUAUACUUCCUUAUAUGUAGUCUUUUCUACUUUUUUGAGUGAAAAUGUGCUAUUGUUUGUUGAUCGAAAGUAGAAUUGCUGUUUGUAAUGUUUAAGUCACUAAAGUGACUAAAAUAUAUUUGUUAGAAGCUAAGCUUUGGUACAACGAAUACAUACAUUUGUAUGAAUAUGCUAGCAGGUUAAAUUAUUUUUACAAUUUUCAGUAUUGAUUUUUUAUUACUUAAAAGCAAAAUAUAUAUCGUGUUACUAACGGCUUGAUAUUCUUAGGUACUUAAAGAUAAAUUUUUAUACGAAUCGUUUCGCUAUUUUUUUAAAGGAUAUUCAACUAACAAUACUACCUUUAUAUGUGCCUCAUAGAACUUUUACACAAAUUAAUAUACACUGAGCUGUUUUUACUAUACAUAUUUAUCUGAUUAUAAACAUCUUGUAUCCAUUGUUGUCUCAUACAGGGAUUGUCUUUUAGAUGCAUUUAAUGUUUGAAACUCCAGCUGUUAUGUACAAAUAGAAAAUCAAUAUAUCAGUUUAUGCUUUAUUCAAAAUAAGAUAUUCUUGAAGCAAUCAUUAACAAAAUGAAAAACAUUUCCAGAAAAGACAAUCUCGUAUAUCGCAUUUUUAUAUUAUUUUUGUUUUGUUAAUACAUGUGAUUUUUGUAGAAUUCUAUCAAUGUUUAUAUUCGAGCAAAAAAGGUGCAUAUAUUUUAUAUACAUGUAUAAAGCACUAAUAUUUAUUGUAUUUGAUAGUGCCAUUCGUUUAUGUGUAAAUUUUGUAUUUUGCAAUUUUUUUUGUCAAGUUUAUUGAAUGCUAUAUGUGCC